CUGGCCUUGAGCCUUCAAUUCGUCCUUUUCUAAUAGGAGACACCACUGAAGCCGGUCCCAGUUUUACAUUUGCUACCGUGUAAGCAAAUAUUGACCAUACUGUGAGACAUCAACACCAUUUGAAACCAUGUCUGGAGAGGUGCGUUUGAAGAAACUGGAGAAACUGAUUUUAGAUGGCCCGUCUCAGUCCAGCGGCCAGUGCUUCAGUGUGGAGACCCUGUUGGAUAUUCUUGUCUGCCUUUAUGAUGAGUGCAAUAAUUCCCCUCUUAGAAGAGAGAAGAAUAUUUUGGAGUUCAUCGACUGGGCCAAACCUUUCAUGUCCAAUGUCAAACAGAUGCGCUUACGCAAGGAAGAUUUCGAGAUCCUGAAGGUGAUUGGACGGGGAGCUUUCGGAGAGGUUGCGGUAGUAAAGGUGAAAAAUACAGACAAAGUAUUUGCCAUGAAGAUCCUCAACAAAUGGGAAAUGCUGAAAAGGGCUGAGACGGCAUGUUUUCGGGAGGAACGGGACGUGCUGGUGAACGGGGACAGCCAGUGGAUCACAACGUUACAUUAUGCUUUCCAGGACGAGAACAACUUGUACCUGGUGAUGGACUACUAUGUAGGGGGAGAUCUGUUGACGCUUCUCAGUAAGUUUGAAGAUCGUUUGCCUGAGGACAUGGCCAAGUUCUAUCUGGCAGAGAUGGUGUUGGCUAUUGACUCUGUGCAUCAGCUACAUUAUGUUCACAGGGAUAUUAAGCCUGACAAUAUCCUGAUGGACAUGAAUGGUCACAUCCGAUUGGCUGACUUUGGCUCCUGCCUUAAACUCAAGGAAGAUGGAACAGUCCAGUCCUCUGUGGCAGUUGGUACUCCAGACUACAUCUCUCCUGAGAUCUUGCAGGCUAUGGAGGACGGGAAGGGAAAGUACGGCCCGGAGUGUGACUGGUGGUCUCUAGGUGUGUGCAUGUACGAAAUGCUGUAUGGAGAGACGCCCUUUUAUGCUGAGUCUCUGGUGGAGACAUAUGGCAAGAUCAUGAACCAUAAGGAGCGAUUUCAGUUCCCCCUUCAGAUGACAGAUGUCUCUGAUGAUGCUAAAGAUCUGAUUCGACGGCUCAUCUGUAGCAGAGAACACAGGCUGGGCCAGAAUGGCAUUGAUGACUUUAAACAGCACCCGUUUUUCACUGGCAUUGACUGGGACAACAUCCGCACCUGUGAGGCCCCUUACAUCCCUGAAGUCAGCAGCCCCACUGACACCUCCAAUUUUGAUGUGGAUGACGACUGCCUCAAAAACUGUGAGACGUUGCCCCCACCUUCCCACACAGCAUUUUCUGGGCACCACUUGCCAUUUGUCGGCUUCACCUACACAAGCAAAUGCACACUGUCGGACCGAGGUUGUCUACGGGAGUCUAUUGGACCUGCACAGGUUGAUGCUGAUCUUCAACGCAGUCUGGAGGAGAGCCUGGCAUCCGAGGCCUAUGAGAGAAGGAUCCGACGCCUAGAACAGGAGAAGACUGAACUUUCACGCAAACUACAAGAGUCCACUCAAACUGUGCAGGCAUUGCAGUACCCUGAUUCAGACUCCCCUGUAAAUGCUAAUAAAGAGGUAGAGAUCCGGAGUUUAAAGGAUGUGAUCGACAUCCUGAAAAAACAGAUAGCUGACUCUGGACAAAAAGAACAGCAAUUGGAGGAUGCCACCACAACCCAUAGAAAUCUGGAUGACUCAUCUAAGGUCGUCAAGAACUUGGAGAAACAGCUCAAGAGUGUCACACAAGAGAAAGAUGACCUGCACAAGGAGCUGCUAGAUUUGAGGGAGAAGCUGAAGACUCAAGGGAAAGAGCUGAAGGAGGCUCACACUCAGAAGAAGAUGGCCAUGGAGGAAUUCUCAGAGCUGAACGGGCAGCUGAGCGAUCUGCGCUCGCACAAGCAACGGCUGAGCCGACAGCUCCGAGACAAGGAGGAGGAGCUGGAAGGAGUAUCGCAGAAACUGGAGGCUCUGCGGCUUGACAUCCGCAAGGUUGAGAGAGUACGCAAAGAGUUGGAGGCCCAGGCUGAGGAACAUGCAGCAGAAACACAAAAAGAGAGGAAGCUUCGAGAGAGAACCGACCAGUACAGCAGGCAACUAGAGGAAGAGCUGGAGGGGAUGAAGCAAUUGAAACAAGCUGGGCCCCCCCACGCAGCUUCGAGCUCAGACCAGCAGCAGGAGCUGAUGCGCGUGCGAGCCGAGCUGGAGAAGAAGACCGUGCAGUACGAGGAAGAGUUGGGUCGCCGCGAGACGCUCCACAGCAGCGAGCUGAAGGGCCUCAAAAAGGAGCUGCGUGACGCCGAGGGUCAACACCUCACACUGCAAAAAGAAAUUCUCAUGCUCAAAGACAAACUGGAGAAAACACGUAGAGAAAGCCAAAUGGAACGAGAGGAGUUUGAGUCUGAGUACAAGCAGAAGUACGAGAGGGAGAGAGUCCAUUUGACAGACGAGAACAAGAAACUCACCGGCGAAGUGGAGAAGCUGAGCUCUUUGUGUGAGAUGCUGAGCAGCAGCCAACGGCAGCUGGAGGAGGAGAUGAGAGAGCAGGCUGAUAAGAAGGAGAGUGUGGAUCAAUGGGAGGCGCAGAUCACAGAGAUCAUCCAAUGGGUGAGCGAUGAGAAAGAUGCUCGUGGUUACCUUCAAGCUCUGGCCACAAAAAUGACAGAGGAGCUUGAAGGGCUCAGGAACACCAGCUUGGGGGCCAGAGGAACGGAGAUGCCGUGGAAGAUGAGGCGCUUAGCUAAGCUGGACAUGUCUGCCCGUCUGGAGCUGCAGUCUGCGCUGGAUGCUGAGAUCAGAGCCAAACAGUUCAUCCAGGACGAGCUAAACAAAGUCAAAGCAUCCAACAUUGCUACUGAGUGCAAAUUGCAAGAAUCUGAAAUUAAGAACCAGGAACUGCUGACAGAAAUUGAGAGACUGAGGAAGGAGACGGAGGAACUGAGGAUGAGGAGAGGUGUGAAACAUCAGGAUUCCCAGAAUUCCUUUUUGGCAUUCCUCAAUGCACCCACUUCAUUUCUGGAUCAGUUUGACCGGUCACCUUCUUUUGGUCCGGGAAGCAAAACCAGACGUCUUGACUCUGCAGAUUUUACACCCUCCAACACACCUUCACGAGAUGACGACUCAAGAUCUCGCCGUAUAUCACGCUCACGCUCCCCAUCCACCGCCAGUGACAUGGAGCCUAUUGAGUUGAUUGACCACUCAUCACGUAGUCUUCAGACUCCAGUCAGAUCAGGCUAUGGAAGUCUGGGACACUCAUCUCCGAAGCCAAAGGCACAUCAGUUUAGUGUGAAGUCCUUCUCCAUUCCCACCAAAUGUAACCACUGCUGCUCUCUGAUGGUGGGACUGAUCCGCCAGGGCUGCACCUGUGAAGUCUGCAACUUCUCCUGCCAUGUCAUGUGUGCCGACAAAGCCCCCUCCGUAUGCCCUGUCCCACCAGAUCAAACCAAGGGGAAAUUAGGCAUUGACACAAAAAAGGGCAUUGGCACUGCAUAUGAGGGGCAUCUUAGGGUGCCAAAGCCCACAGGGGUGAAAAAGGGUUGGCAGAGAGUCUGGGCAGUGGUGUGUGACUUUAAACUUUUCUUGUAUGAGCUUGGAGAAGGAAAGGGCGCCCAGCCUGGUGUCAUAGUUAACCAGGUCAUUGACAUGAGGGAUGAGGAGUUUUCUGCAAACUCUGUUCUGGAGUCUGAUGUGAUUCAUGCUACAAAGAAGGACAUCCCAUGCAUUUUUAGGGUAACGGCAUCUCAGCUGUCCGCAUGCUCCCGUCAGAAGACAUGCAUCCUGAUACUGGCCGACAACGAGCAGGAUAGAACGAAGUGGGUGAGCGCUCUGAACGAACUGCACCGCAUCCUGAAGAAAAACAAGCUGAAGGAGCGCUUCAUCUAUGUGCCCAAAGAAGCCUACGACAGCACUCUUCCUCUCAUCAAAACCACCCAAGCUGCUGCUAUUAUAGAUCAUGAGCGGGUUGCUUUGGGGAAUGAGGAAGGCCUGUUUGUCAUCCACGUCACCAAAGAUGAAAUCAUCCGUGUGGGUGACAUUAAGAAAGUGCAGCACAUAGAGCUGAUUCCCUCAGAGCAGCUGCUGGCUGUCAUCUCUGGCAGGAACCGGCAAGUGUGUCUGGUUCCUAUGGCAGGGCUCGACGGGCGGGAGAUGGACAAGAAUAAAGUGGCGGACAUUAAAAACUGCCAAGCCCUGGUGUCCAGUGUAGUGCGCAAUGGCACCUGCUUCUGCCUCGCCAUUAAACGACAGAUCUCCUGCUAUGAAAUAAACAAGAGCAAGUCUCGCCACUUCCAUCUGGUGGACAUACAAGCUCCUGGAACUGUCCAGUGGAUGGCACUGUUAAGCCAGCAGUUGUGUGUAGGUUAUCAAUCAGGCUUCAUGCGCUACAGUUUAUAUGGAGAAUAUCCUCCGGUCAGCUUACUCCAUCCAGAUGACCCCACACUGGCCUUCAUCAGAGUGGAAAACCUGGAUGCACUUUGUGCAGUGGAGAUCUCCAGUAAAGAACUACUACUCUGCUUCAGCAAAAUCGGAGUGUAUGUGGACACACAUGGCAGACGCUCACGGCAACAGGAGCUCAUGUGGCCGGCAACGCCCACUGCCUGCUGCUACAACGCCCCCUAUCUGUCAGUUUACAGUGAAAAUGCAGUGGAUGUGUUUGAUGUGAACACUAUGGAAUGGAUUCAGACCAUUCCUCUCAAAAAGGUCCGGCCAUUGAACACGGAUGGGUCUUUGAAUCUGCUGGGCUUAGAGACAGUCAGGCUCAUUUACUUCAGGAACAAGACUGCAGAGGGGGAUGAACUGGUGGUGCCAGAGGUGUGUAAUAACAGCAAGAAGCAGAUGGUACGCAGCAUGAGCAACAAGAGAAGAUUCUCAUUUCGCAUUCCUGAGGAGGAGCGACUGCAGCAGAGAAGAGAGAUGUUGAGAGAUCCAGAGAAGAGAAACAAGCUGAUCUCAAAUCCUACAAAUUUUAACCAUGUGGCGCACAUGGGGCCUGGAGAUGGAAAGCAGAUCCUUAGAGAUCUGCCCAUGAAUGUGCAUGCUCAGGAUAACCGGGCCGGAUUCAGUGGAUCUGUCAGCAUCCCGUCCAUUACCAAGAACCGAGCUGAACCUGGAAGAUCCAUGAGUGCAAGCAGUGGGCUGGGAAUGCGGCCUUCUUCUCAGAAUGGCAGCGCUCUAAGGAGAGAGCUGUCGAGUGGUAGCUAUAGCUCUAAGCGGCAGACCAUGACAUCACCCUCAGAGAGCUCGCUGUCUUCAGGUGGAGGCACGGAUGUGGGCGAAGCUCCGCUUUCUCAGUUUGAUCGAGAGUGGCAAGCCGUAUCACCCUCGGAGAAGACCCCCGAUCUGAAAAGGGCUUUAAGGACCCUUCUUAGUAAGAUGAAGGACUCUGAUUCGCCACGGCAUUCUACUGCCUCCAACAGCUCCACCUUCAGCAGCCCGCCAAGUCCCGCUUCCCCGCACAAGACUAAGUCCCUCUCAUUGGAGAGCACAGACCGCACAGGGUGGGACACAUGAUGGACUCAUCUUUGAACCAAUCUUAGCAUACUCUGGGUCUGCCUGUCACAGUGCCCCUCCCCCUCCCAUACCACUGAGGAAUAUACAAAGGAGAAACCACACCACCUUAAGCAGUGGAAACAUGAUUGUGAGAGUGUUUGUAUGUGCGUGCAAGAAUGUGUGUAUGCUUGCGUUAUGCAUUGCAAUAGUUAUGAGCCCCCAAAGCUGAUUGGAAAAAAACUUGAAACCAGUAAACACCCCUAGUCAAUCAGCCAAUGAAACAAAAUGCUCACUAAUGCAAACUGGAGACAUGAACAUUAUUGUGACUGACGUUUGUACAUAGACUUGGAUAGGGGUGUACUUAUUUAUUUAUCAUUAAGCAAUUUCAAGAUGGAAAAUACUGUAAUGUCCCUCACUCUGUUGUUCACCUGUGGACCAUACGGAUAUAAUGACUCCAUUAUAGAGUCCCAAUAUUGUACCUGGGAGAAAAAAAAUGCAAUGAUGUAUAUUUUUUAUUUGCUCUUAAAAGUGAUGUGUGCAGUGAUUUAUUUGAUACAUCUGCAAAAUAGAUGAGAGGCAGCAGAUUUCUGUGUGGGAUGCUUUUAGGUAACCUCAUCUAUUGCUUCCUGUUCUAGAUUUGUAGUGAUUUAUAGAGGCUUUUCUGUCAUAUUUUGAGGACAUCUUGGAAUCUGUUUGUCAUUUUUGCCAUCUCCAUUCUAAACCUUCCAUAAGCCAUCAUGACCUGUGAAAACACAUCACAGUAAUGUACAUAGGUUAAAAUAUAGCAUAAUAUAUAAUAAGCAAAUAUUGUAGAGAUAAACUAUGUGGGGGAAAAAAUUGAAUUGCUUUUAUUUAUUUUUUUAAUAUUUUAAUUGAAUCACGCCAAGACCAUUUGAAAAGCUUCAGUUGCAUCUGACGAUUUUAUUUUGGUUUAUGAGGAAAUACUGCCUUGUGUAUUUUGUUUAUUUUUUUAUUUUUUUAUGAUUAUUUUAGAUGAUUUGGAGAGACACAAGCCAAUAUGUUUUGCUGCAAGUGUGCUUUAACCAUAACAACUGGCCUCAGCUUUGCUCCAUUCCUGCUUUAUAAGAUAGCAAUACAUGCAUUGACCAAAACUGUCCAAUCAUCAGUGAAGUCGAAUGAGGAUACAAGGUAUUGUAUUUCUACAAUAUGGAACUAUUAAGUCCAAGUUGAACUCGUUUCAACAUUUAAUUUGCAGACACACGAAAGGCAUUUAAUUUUGUCCCUGGAUGCAUGGUUUCGUCUAAUGUGACAGUUUGUGAAAUUGCAAACGCAUUUGGCUUCACCCACAUAGUUUGUCUCUUUUUACCAUGGAAAAAUGUUUCUAACUUAUUUUCAUAAAUUGCUUUCAUGCAUAACAGCAAUUUCCACUGUUAAGUGUUAAAGCAUACUGUUAUUACAUGUAUGGAUAAAGUAAUCCUUCAGCCAUUAAAAAUUGUCUCAUUUACUCACUCUCAUGUGAGAUGUGUAUGACUUUCUUCUGCAGAACACAAAGGUUUUUAGAAGAAUAUCUCAGCUCUGUGGGUCCAUUCAAUGCAAGUGAUUGGUGGCCAUAACUUUGAAGCUCCAAAAGGCUCAUGAAGGCAGCAUAAAAGUAAUCCAUACAACUCCAGUGGUUAAAACCAUGUCUUCAGAGGUUUCAGAGAUUUCAGAUUAUUAUUUAAGUCCUUUUUACUUAAAAUUCUCCUCCCUGCCCAACAACAAAAGAAGUUGUUUGUGGAACAUUAACGGUGGUCAUUUAUAGUGAAAAGGGUUCAAAUAUUGAUCUGUUUCACACAUGCACCCAUUAUUUAGCUUCUGAAGAUAUGGAUUUAUCCACUGGAUUCUUAUGGAUUAAUUUGAUGCUGCCUUCAUGAGCCUUUUGGAGCUUCAAAUUUUUGUCCACCAUUCACUUGCAAAUAUAGAGCUGAGAUAUACUGUAUUAUUCAUUUGUGUUCAGCAGAAGACAGUCAUACACAUCUGGGAUUGCAUGAGGGUGAGUAUAUGAGAACAUUUAAAUUUUUGGGUGAACUAACCCUUUUAACUCUACCAUUAAACUGAUUUACUGGAAUGAUUUCAGAAGGUUAUAAAAGCAGUGCUCAAUGAAAAAAUAUUUUCUUUUCAUUGCUGGGGUAUACUGUAUAAAAAUAACUUGUUAAUCAAAAGCUUUUGCCUUCAAAUAAGUCUUAUUGACAGCCCUCUAACAACCACUCCAUUUGAUCGUACAAUGCAAUUACAUAUUUGUGAUGUUGCAUUAUUUUGUUGUCAUUUUGGUGGUGGUUGCAAGUGGCCAUCUAAUGAAAAAGAGAUGUUCUGAGAAAUCACAGGAGUUUACUAAACAGCACAGGCUUCACUUUGUUCCUCAUUCUGUUUGGAGGUGAUUGAAUUUUGAAUUGCACAAGAAAAUGAGUCUGUAGCCUUGUUUUUGUUGAAAAAUGUAUUGAUAAUUUGUAAAGGUUUAUUAUUCAUUGGGAUCUUAAAGGAGUAGUUACCCAAAAAUGGAAAUUAUUUACUCACUCUUCCUAAACCUGUUAGUCUUCCUCUCUUCCAUGGAACACAGGAGGAGUUAGGCAGAAUGAAAACCUCAGUCACCAUUCACUUUCAUUGAUGGAAAUAAGAUGCAAUGACUGUGAAUUAUGAGACAUAUUUUUGGGUGAGAAAUCCCGUUAACUCAGGAUUUGCAGUAUCAUUCCAUCUGUAUUUAGCCACAGCAUGUGAAUUAACAUCUAUGGCAGCAGCUUUUGCAUGAUUUAUGUAACAUUUAGGGAGCUACUUCUGUAUCACACAUUUAAAUGAUGUCUUCUCAGUGUGGACAUUUGGACAGAAACCUAUUAGAUACCCCCAAUGAAAAAGAAUUCUCUUUGCAUUUUCAGCAACAUCUCUUACACAUCAUAUGUAUAUGUGCUCAUUCUCACAUAAUUUUUUUUUUUCUUAGGAUAUGCUUUGUAAUAAUUUGUACAGUUUUGCAUGUCAUAAAUGUCAUUCCACAUGUUUCAUGGUUGUAUUAUGUUUUUCACGCACUUGAAAAGCUGUUUUAAUGUGGAUUUUGAUCACUAUAAGCAACAAGCAAUCUUUUUUGCACAGAGGUAUUUAUGGUGGAAGGUGAAUCAAAGACUGGAUAAAUUAGCCACUAUGCUUAUAUGGAGACUUUACAAUAUUAACCUGAUGCUGAUGUAAUUCAAUAAACAGAAGGAAAUGACACCCAUUGGUACUAAUGUGUUGAGAGUGGUGAUAUUUUUAUUUAGUAAAUAAAGCACUCUGGGUGUUUAUUUCUGGAUAUUAUUAAAAAAAAAAGCAUGUUCACAGUUUUCGGUAAAUUACAUACGAAAAUAACUUGACUAAUAACAUUAGUGCUAAAACUCAGAGAAGAGCUCGGUUGUGACGUAUAUGCCGAUAUCUAUUCUAAAAUGACACAUUUAACACUUUUUAUUCUGGGGUUUAUUCAUUUUAUUUUACGUUUUUAAAGGAGCGCUUGGUAAUUUUCACUCGUGGAAUAAAUUAAUCAUAGCUGACUGCAAAUAGCACAUUUCUACAAUGGCAUCAGUAAAAUACUAAACAGCCGCAGUGAUGCACAUUACAUUUUAGUGUUAUAUGUGCUCCACCUGUAUCCACAGGGUGCCCCCUUUGAAGGUGCACUCAGUAACUCAUCUUGGACUUACAGAGACACCUAGUUGUGUGGAUUCAGCAUCAUUCAAAAUCAACAGUUUUCAGUUAAAGACGCCAUUGUAGAAAUUCACUAUUCACAAUCAGACGUGAUUAAUUUAAUCCAAGAGUGAAAGUGUCCAAUAAAAAGUUACUGAGAUUAAGCGUGUAGUAUUCAGCUGGUAAUGUGAUUCUUACAUGGAAGCCCUGCCCCAUGUUUAAUAAACAGCUUUUAUAAGGUUACUAAUAUGACUAGUGUCCUCAUCUCAUUUGAGUGCCCAUGAUUUUAUACAUAUGUCAAAAUCACAAUUAAUUUCUUUAGGAGUAUAACUUUUUAAUGGGUAAAAAAAAUGACUGAGUGCACCUUUAAAUGCAGCUCUUCACAAUAAAAACAGUCUGACCCAUGUGUGCAGGGCUGUCCUUAUCAUCACUAAUUCUGUUCUACAAAAUGGUCAAAAGUGCAAAAAACAUUGGAAAAAGAAGAUUCUUCACUUCAGAACCACAAAUGGAAUCAUAACCCUUGUGUGUGAUCUUCAGGACAUUUUUGUCUAUGUUUUUUCAAUAAUUUUGGCUGCCAAAAGUGUGUAUAUUUCAACCUCAGUUUCAAUAAUACAUCUAUAAUACAUUGUGUACACAAAAUAGUUACACUCAGGACCUUAAGGACAAAAAUGUCCCCAUUGAAACCCAUUAAAACUGCAAUAUUUGAUCCCAGUGCAAUUAAAGUAUAAAAUCAUGAAUUAUAUGAUAUUAUGCUUUCAAUCUGGAGCCCUGGCUUUAAAAUAUAUUUUUUAAAUAUAUUGGUGCCAUUUUCCUCAUGUUUAGCCUAUGGAGCAAAUACAUGCUUUUUCCUAUUUUCUGUUUGCUGCAUUAUAGAAAACUGCAGGCCAAUUGAAUAAAUGAUGCAGCUGAAAUUGUGCGGGUGUGUUGGAAUGGAUAUCCGAGUUUGUUUUGUACAUGUGUAUUGAGAAAUGUGUGUGUGUAAAAAAAUUAUAGUGGCAUUAUGUAAACAAACUGGCAUAUAAAGGAUUACAAUCCUGAAAAUGAAUGAAUAUUUGGUAGUUAUGAUCAGGAUUGAUGUUGGUAAAAAAUCCAGUCAGUGAAAGUUGAAAAUAAUAUUAAUAUAUCAUAUUUUUUAUGGUAAUUUUUUGACCUGGUCUUCUUAGGUACUGAGUGUGAAGAUUUUUUUUUUAUCUGACACUGCACAAAAAAUAAUAAUGCAUCACAAUCAAUGUUGUUGCUAAUCAUUUACAUAUUCCAGACUGUGAUA